GGAUCCACCCUCGCAGCAUCACCGCCUCACCCCCCCCGCACCCACACAGAUAUCUAUCGAGCCGAGCUUUUGCAGACAGGAACAUAAAACCGUCCAUUCUUGGAGUAAGGGAGGAAGGCCAUCCACCUCAUUCGCAAAGAACACAAGUAGUAUCUGCCUCAAUCAAUAAUCUCGAUUUUCCACCCUUCUGGACUAAUCUCCUCAGUAAAAAGCACACACACGACUUUUACGCAGCCAGUCACCAUGGGUCGCCACAUCACCGUCGCUGCGCCCUGGCUUCUAGGACUACUCAUCGCAGCAUUCGCAACGCUUGGAACAACGGACUCUGGUCUCGUGCGCGACCCGAGCUUCGAGCAACUACAGCACUCGACGGCCUCAGGCAGCUCCGCCACCGGCUGGCAUCUAUGGUCGUUCGCGCGUCCGGUCUGCUCCCCCGCGUCAUCAUCCGCCGCCUCCGCCACAUCGCGUCUCGACAUCCGCCCCCCUUCCUCCGACGCCCCUCCGCCGUACGAUGGCGACUGCGCGCUGCAGCUCGGCGGCUGCGACAACCCGAGCCACUGCUUCUGGGGCGCGGCGGAGCAGUCCGUCCCCACGGAGCCGGGCCGGCGGUACCGCCUGAGCUUCUUCUUCGCGGGGCGGCAGCCGCUGCAGCGCGCGCUGCUCAUGCAGGUGUCCUUCGGCGCCGCCAACGCCACGUUCUCCGCCGCUGACGCCGCUCGCGUGGACGCGAACGGGUACGCGCGUGGCACGCUGGAGGUGGCGGCGAGCGGCGCCGCGACGGCGGUCAUGUUCACGGUGCUGACGGCGGAGAACAGCACUAUCGUCGAUGCCGUGUCGGUCGAGCCCAUCGACGGCCCUGAUGCCUCCGCCUCCCCCUCGCCGCUCUCCUUGGCGCUGAUGAUCGCCGUGCCUGUGGCUGUGGUGGCCGCCAUUAUCGUCGCGCUCUUCGUCAUGUACCAGUACCGAGGCUCUCCAGCGGCCGGCAAGGGGCUGUCGUUCGAGGACGGCAUGGACUCGGCGGUGCCGGCGACGCCGUCGUCCAAGUCCAAGUGCGUGCGCUUCACCUUCGACGAGCUCCGCCGCGCCACCAGCGGCUUCAACGUGCUGCGCCGCCUCGCCGCGCCCGCCAGCACCAGCGGGGCGUACGGCGCAGUGUUCCGCGCGGAGGCGCCCGGCGGGCUGGAGUGGGCGGUGAAGCGCUUCCACCGCUUCAACUGGGGCGCGGCGGGCGCGGGCGACUGCGAGCCGUCGUUCGUGGACGAGGUGGAGGCGAUCGCGCGGCGUUCGCACCGCAACAUCGUGGGCAUCGUCGGGUUCUGCUGCGCGGGCAGCGAGCGGCUCGUGGUGUACCAUCUCAUGCCGCACGGGUCGCUGCGCGAUAACCUGCUCGCCGCCGGCAAUUCUCCCAUGCCCCUGCACCAGCGCGUGCGCGUGGCGAUUGGCGUGGCGGAGGGUCUGGCGUGGAUGCACUCGCAGCGGCCUAGGCUGAUGCACCGCAACCUCAAGCCCUCCAACAUCAUGCUCACCGCCGACGGCCAGCCCAAGAUCGCGGACUUCUGUUUCGUGCACCACGGCGAGGGCGCGCGCCUGAACCCCGUGCCGCAGGCGCUCAGCGAGGAGGGCUACCGCGACCCCGCCACGCCGCUGCUCGCGCCCUCCGCGCUCACCCCGCAGCACACGGACGUGUACAGCUUCGGCGUGAUUGUCCUGGAGCUGAUCACCGGGCGGCGGGCGGUGGUGCCUGACCCUGACGACGCGGACAACAGGCUACGGAUCACAGAAUGGGCGGUGCACUAUGUGCAUGAGGGCGACGUGCACCUGAUCGCGGACCCGCGGGUGUUCUCGCGUGCCUUUGCAGGGGCGUUCCAGCUGCUGGGGCAGAUUGCAGCGGACUGUGUGCAGGAGGUGGUGGAGCAGCGGCCCAGCAUGCGCGACGUGCGUGAGAGACUACUGGCUGUGGAGGCGGAGCACUUUGGGGAUAAUAGAGGCAUGAGCUCGGGCGUUGUCGUGGCCGGCUUGACAGAAGUGAGAGUGGAUGACGAUGGGAGGAGAGACUGAACGGAGCAGUAGGUGCUGCAGGCAUGUGUUUGUUGGGUUAGGCUAUGCUCUCACCCUUGCCUGGAAAGGAGCUGUGUCACUGUGUUGGUUUCUGGGGAGCCGGUAUGGCGCAAGGAGAGGCUGCUAUACUUCACAUUCCGGGUAGGAUAUGGUUCUCCCUCCUUUUUGCAUGCAAGUGCUGCCUUGUAUUGUAACCCUUGCAAUGAAAGCUUAUAUACGUAAUAAUGGGGAAGAGGAAGA